AUGGCUUGCGCUGCCAUCUGCCGAGUGGUGGCGGUACUGGUCCUUACUGAUGCUGUUCUGGCCACCGCUGCGAAUAACGCUACUCGUGUCAAGAGACAAGCGACGUACGACUCUGGCUCGGGGCGCUGGGUGUUCCCCGAGUCCGGCGGCGACCGCGAAGCCCGGUGGCCGGCGCGGCGCUACGGCCAGCCGCCCGCCCCCUUCGGCCAGGGCUACAGGCCGGGCUGGCAGGACGGCGGCCCCGCGUGGGGCGAGCAGCGCCACUUCCGCCGCAGGCUGCCCGACGAGGGCGCCGGCGAGUCGGGGCGGCUGCUGGCCGUGUCGCCGGACCAGCUGGCGACCAUCAGCGAGACGCUGGGCGCGCUCAACACGGUGGGCCGCUUCCUGGUGCGCGCGGCGCGCCACGAGGGCCCGCCGGCCGGAGACCCGGCCGCCGGCCACGGCGACGCCGCCUCGCAGCAGCUGCCCGCCGCCAUCCUCACGCUCUCCAAGAACGUGCUGGGCCGCAACCUCACCGACGCCAUCGCGCCCAUCGUGCGCGGAGCGCUGCCCGCCGGAAAGUGUACAAAUGCGGCGAGCCCGGACGCUCGCGCGUGCCGCACGCCGACCGGCGGCCGCGGCGUCUGCGACGACCUGAGCGAGUGUCCGCAGCUGCUGCUGCACCUGUCGCAGCUGCGCGACUCCAUCUGCUUCAAGAGCCUCUUCACGCCCGGCGUCUGCUGUCCGGCCGACGACGACAGCGUGGUGACGCAGCGGCCCACGCAGCUGGUGACGGUGAGGCCGCUGACGAGCACGACGCGCAGGACGACGACGACGACGAGCACGACGCGGAAGCCCAUCAUCCUGCCCAUCACGCCGCCGCCCGUCUACCCCGUGGCCACCUCCACCAGGUUCCCCGCGCUCAUAGCCACUGAUGGUGAGUGCGGCCAGCCGGAGAUCCCCGGGUUCCGCGUGGUGGGCGGCGAGCCGGCGGCGCCGGGCCGCUGGCCGUGGAUGGCGGCCAUCCUGCUGCACGGCAACCGGCGCACCGAGUUCUGGUGCGGCGGCACCCUCAUCGGCGCCCGCCACGUGCUCACCGCCGCGCACUGCACCAGGGACUCCCGGCAGCGCCCGUUCAGCCCAUCGCAGCUAACGGUUCUGAUGGGAGAUAUUGACCUGAAACGUCAGGAUGAGCCUUCGCAGCCAGAGCAGUACAAAGUGGUCCAGGUUAAAGCACAUCCCAAGUUCAACCGCGUGGGCUACUACCACGACAUCGCGCUCCUGGAGCUGGAGCGGCCGGUGCGUCGCUCUCGCUACUCCAUCCCCAUCUGCCUGCCGGACAACGAGCUGCGCGACGAGCCCUUCGUCGGGACGCGGCCCACCGUCGUCGGCUGGGGCAGCACCCACUACGGUGGCAGAGAAAGUACUGUUCAGAGGCAGGCGUCCAUCCCCGUGUGGCGCAAUGAGGACUGCGACAGGCGGUACCUGCAGGACAUCACCGAGAACUUCAUCUGCGCCGGCUACGCCCAGGGAGGGAAGGACGCUUGCCAGGGUGAUUCCGGCGGCCCUCUGAUGCUGGAGCAAGACGCGCACUGGAUCCAGAUCGGCAUCGUCUCCUUCGGUAACAAAUGUGGGGAGCCCGGCUACCCCGGCGUCUACACCAGGGUCACUCACUACCUCGACUGGAUAAAGGAGAACAUGAACGAAUGA